UUAUUAUGAGCCGUCCUCCCCUCAGCAGCCUCCACUGCAGAGUAUCAUCAUGUCCAGGGUGCCGAUGGGCAAGGUGCUGCUGCGAAAUGUUAUUCGUCACACAGAUGCCCACAACAAGAUCCAGGAGGAGUCAGAGAUGUGGAAGUUGAGGGGGAUGGAGAAGGGGCCGUCCACCAGCCACAGACCGAUGCCACCAGCCUCAAAUCCAUCCAGGAGUCACAUGCACUGUGAUCAUGUGGAGGAUGGGUCUGUAGACCGACUGGGAGACCGGCUGCAGAGAAGAGAACACAGCUCCGGCCAGGACGAGAGGGAGGCACGCUACUGGACCAAGAAACUCUAUGACUUCGAGGCCAAUGAUCCAGACAGAUGGGGACACAGUGGUUUUAAGGAGCUAUAUCCAGAUGAGUUUAAAAGUGACUGGGAAAGAGGCCGUGGUGAUGACCAGAAUGUGAUUUGCAGAAAGAAAAAUACUAAGUCCAGACUUAAAACAGCCAAAUCAAAACAUUUGAAGAAAUCCUCGAAGAAAAAGAAGGAAGAGGAAAAGCGAAGGAGGACAGGUGAGUCAGACAGUGAGUCCAGCAGCGACAAGAGCGACGGUGUCAAACAGAAACAGAAGAGGAAAAGCAGCAAGAGCAAACAUAAGAGGAAAAAUAGUGAGAGAGGAAGAGAGGAGGAGAGCAGCUCGGAGGACAAUGAUGAGGAGAGAGGUAGAAGGAAACGACAGAGGGACUCCCACAGAGACUCAGGACCAGAGUCACACAAGAAGAGGAGGAAAAACUGGAAAGCAGGAGAGGACAAAUCGGAGCACAGUUCUGAGGAUUGAACCUUUUUCCGUUGGCAGCGAGUAACCUGUACCCUCAUACUGCCCAGCCCCUUUCAGUUGCUGAAAAGGGGUGGUGCGAAGCAUUCAGUUACACCCCACUUCCACUUUAGUGUCCAAUGUUUCCCACUAGAUUUCUUGUGAACACGGCCAUCACCAUAGCUAGUUGCUAGAGAUGUUUGUGAUUUUUCCAACGACAAGGCAACCGAGGAAUUGGCUAAAGUACAAAUACAACUUUUGAACAGACCUACUGGCAGGGGAAAGCAUAUCGCUCUUCUUCCCUUUACGACCUUCCUCUGUGUUGUACUUCUCUUUCUGUGUACUGCUGAGCACAAACCUGUGUUCUCCUCCCCUUGGGCAUUCAGCAAUACCUCACCUCUUCUUCUUUUACUUGUGCUGCUGCAGUGCUCAGAUAGUGAGCUGACACUGCACAAAUAUGGACUCAAGGAAAGCCACCUAAUUCCACCUCUUGACAAACUGAUUGACUGUAGAACCUUGUCUCAUAGUGUCCUAGCUUAGUCAUUUUUUAGUCAUUUAGCAGACGCUCUUAUCCAGAGUGACUUACAGUUAGUGAGUUUCUGCUUUUUUAUUCUGUAUUUAUUUUUACAACUUUUGUAAUUUAUGGUAGUCAGGAUUUAACGGAAUGUCAGGUGGGACAACAUUGAAAAAUAAAAAGCAUAUUUUGUUGUUUUUUGAAAAUGUGCUCUAGUUAUCACACCACACGUUUAGACUUGUAGGACAUAUCACAUGAAUCUCAUGUCUUGUUUUGACUACAGGAUAUCUACAUGACUAUCAUUUACUAUUCUUCUCAGUAGGCCUAUAGCCUUUCUAUUCCAUGAGCUUGAGAGCAUGAAUUGUACUCUUCAUGCAUCCAAUUCUACAUGAAAUAUUGCUUCCAUAUGCCCCUUUGGUUGAAUAUGUCCAUAACUGGGUAUCAUUUACAAUAGAACAUUGUAAAAAUGUUGUACCGUUUCCCUCUAGUGUUCAGUUUCUACAGUACUCACUGCAGAUGCAAUGUGCAAGAAAAUGGAAUAGAUCAGCACUGAAUGAGAAUUUGUACAUUUGGAAAUUUCUAUUUAAACUCCUUUAAGAGACCUGCUGAAAAAGGUGCUAUUGUCUAAAACUGGUUUGAGUUUCAUUGUAAUGUAGAGAGAAGGCCACUGCUAGAAGGUAUCUUUUCAAGUUCAUUCCUUUCUCCUUAAUGAUCAUCACGCUGUACAAGGUUAAUUUAUUAUUUAGUGAAAAGACUAGGAUGCCUACAGUGUCUAUUAUCCUGUAUCUAUUGCCCGUUGUCUCCACCUGGUGGCUCAAUCAGUGUAGUAGACCCUGAGGAUUUAAUUACUCAUGGCUUCUUCUGAAUUCAACAUCAGAAUAAAGAAUGUAUUAUUUUGGAUUCAACAUCAGAAUAAAUAAUUUAUUUGUGACAAAUAAAACAACUUUUUUUUCCGA